AAAAAGAAGUAUUAAAGUAAGAUUUCCGCAUUCCGCCGAGUUGCUCCUUCACAUUUUGUUCCCCAGACCAACACACACACACACACACACACACACACAAAAACACCUUUGCUUUUAUUUUUCUCUAUCAAUUAAUGGCGCACCUUAUUCGGGUCGGUUGUUCGGGUCGACUAUCUAAGUACUCCUCCGUGGUCGGAGCAACGAGAUCCAUGUCCACGGCGUGGUGGCGACACGUGGAGCCUGCUCCCAAGGAUCCGAUCCUCGGCGUCAGCGAAGCUUUCCUCGCCGAUCCUAGUCCCCACAAAGUCAAUGUCGGCGUUGGUGCGUAUCGUGAUGAUAAUGGAAAACCGGUGGUGCUGAAUUGCGUCAGAGAAGCCGAGAGAAGAAUCGGCGGCAAUUUGAACAUGGAAUAUCUUCCCAUGGGAGGAAGUGUGAAAAUGGUCGAGGAGACCUUAAAGCUGGCUUAUGGUGAUAAUUCUGAUUUGAUUAAAGAUAAGAGAAUUGCAGCAGUGCAAGCUCUAUCGGGAACCGGUGCAUGCAGGCUCUUUGCAGACUUCCAAAAGCGUUUUUCCCCCGAUUCUCAUGUCUACAUUCCAGUUCCCACCUGGUCCAACCAUCACAACAUCUGGAGAGAUGCCAAUGUCCCCCAGAGAACAUUCCACUACUAUCAUCCAGAAACGAAGGGUUUGGACUUUGCUUCGAUGAUGGAUGACAUAAAGAAUGCACCAAAUGGAUCUUUCUUUCUGCUUCAUGCUUGUGCUCAUAAUCCAACUGGAGUGGAUCCUACGGAAGAACAGUGGAAGGAGAUCUCAUACCAGUUCAAGGUAAAAGGGCAUUUUGCAUUCUUUGACAUGGCAUAUCAAGGUUUUGCUAGUGGUGAUCCAGAAAGGGAUGCCAAAUCGAUUCGCAUUUUUCUUGAGGACGGACAUCAGAUAGGAUGUUCUCAGUCGUAUGCAAAGAAUAUGGGACUUUAUGGCCAGAGAGUUGGUUGCCUCAGUGUGGUUUGCGAGGAUGAGAAACAGGCUGUGGCAGUGAAAAGUCAGUUACAGCAGCUUGCAAGACCAAUGUACAGUAAUCCACCUGUUCAUGGUGCCCUCAUAGUAUCCACCAUUCUUGGUGAUCCUGAGUUGAAAAACUUGUGGCUCAAGGAAGUAAAAGGAAUGGCUGAUCGCAUCAUUGGAAUGAGAACCGCUCUACGAGAAAAUCUUGAAAACUUGGGUUCGCCUCUUUCAUGGGAGCACGUAACAAAGCAGAUUGGCAUGUUUUGCUAUAGUGGAAUGACACCUGAACAAGUAGAUCGACUGACUAAUGAAUUUCACAUUUACAUGACUCGCAACGGACGCAUUAGUAUGGCUGGAGUGACUACAGGCAAUGUCGGUUACUUGGCAAAAGCUAUACAUGAAGUCACCAAAUCAUCUUAGAAACUCGUUGCUUGUGUAGGGAGGCCCAAAAAAGAAUACAGAAUACACCAUUCUUGGAGGCUUUAUAUAUUCCUAGAGACGUACUUCGGUUGAAUUUUGAAUCCCAAUAAAAAAAAAUAACAUAUUCAUGAAGAACAAUAUAUAAUAAGUCCUUGGUUGUUGACCGAGUAUCGAAGAGGUAUUAGACCUUCAAUAAGGUGACGACGAAUCGUGACUCUCUUGAUUUAGUGCACAAUUAUUAAGAUUGGCUUCUGCUUUUGCAGUUGAAGAGUUUGUUGGACUACUAGAUGCUUAAGAAAUUGGGAGUGGUGAAGUUGCAUUGAUAUUGUCACAGAACACUCCAUUUAUUACAAUUGUAACAGAAAGUUGCAUUUGAAAAUAUGGUCAAGAAAUAUUACCAUCAUGUCCUUGAUAUUGUUUGAUUGGCCACUUUUCCUUGUGAUGGCUAAUGAGUCUA